CAUCUAUACAUUUUAUACCUCUAAGCUCUAGGAAUUGAGGAAAGUCAAUUCCAACUUACACUCUUACAUCCUCUUUAUUUCUUCUCUCACGUCCAAUGCCUUCAGUCACGUAGAUUCAAUUACAAUGUCAGAACCACCUCUCGACACAGCUCGCCAUAUCCGUUACUGGCAACGAUGUCUCCGUUCCAUACUACCUCACCACUAUGUAACUAACGAUAGCAUCCGAUUAACACUCGGAUUCUUCAUAGUCGCAGCCCUCGACCUUCUCUCUUCAUCUUCAUCCUACUCUGAGCCCCCGAGCGAUCCACUUAAAGCCUCACUCAUAACUUUAGAAGACCGCAAGCGCCUGCGAGCUUGGGUCCUGUCCUUACAACACCCGCACGGCGGUUUCUGCGGCUCACCCCACCACGUCCUUCCAAAGGAGUACACCACCAAGUGGGACCCCAUAAACAAAAUAGAAUCCGCAGGUGACCCGGCCAAUGCAAACAUAGCCGCCACGUACUUUGCCCUGCUCCUGCUGGGUAUCCUAGCCGAAGAUGACGGUUCCAGAGCGUUUGAGGGCGUUCACCGGAUGAAGACGCUUCGAUGGCUCAAGACCUUGCAAAGAGAUGACGGAAGCUUUGGCGAGCUAAUCGACGAGGAUGGUUAUGUGGCAGGAGGGAAGGAUAUGCGGUAUUGCUAUUUGGCCGCUACCAUUAGAUGGGCUCUUGGCGGAGCUGAAGCGGGAGAGGACUUCAACGUCGAUGCGCUUGUAGCACAUAUACGACGAGGACAGACUUUCGAUGGUGGCUUGGGUGAGAGCUCCACGCAUGAGAGUCACGCCGGAUACGUAUACUGCGCCGUCGCUGCAUUAUCCCUUCUAGACCUCGCAAACCCCAACGCUUCUACAGAGCCUAAUCGAUACCUCCACGCUGGCAUCGCUUCAAUCCCUUCUCUGGUACACUUCCUCGCAUGCCGCCAAUUCGACUACCUUGAGCCUGAUUCUAAUGACGAGCACGAAGAUUCCGAUAAUCAUCCGUUGCCGGACCUAUCUACUCUAGAUCUAUCAGACACACCCCAGCUAUCCGGCUUUAACGGCCGUCUCAACAAGGUCGCCGACACGUGCUACACGUGGUGGGUCGCCGGCACACUGGCUAUGCUCGGCCACGGCAAAGUCAUAGACCGCGACCCCGCUAGGAAGUUCAUAUUGGAGAAGACGCAGCACAUGAUUGGCGGAUUCGCCAAGCACCCCGGCGGUCCCCCGGACGUAUACCACGCGUACCUCGGACUCGCGGCCCUAGGUACGUUAGGGGCCCAGACUGAUGACGGGAAAGAGCCGGGUCUGGGUAAAUUCGACCCGCGCCUGUGCAUAGGCAUCGAAGCAUCCGAGCGGUUAGCAAAGGCGCGAGAGGCGCUGUUAGCUCCCCCUGACGAAGACGAUAAUGACGAUGACCUGAUCGAGGAAGUAGAGAAGAUAAGGAAGGAGCUCGAUUUGGACAAUAUACAGGAGCAGAUCACGAAGCUGGAAGCCAAGUACAAGGCCGAGGGCAAGAAUCCCUUGUAUGAGUUGAUGAAGCCGACUUUUAUCAACAAAACGACAUGAUGGGGCUGUCUUUAAGUACCUCGGCACCUAGUUACGUUACUACGUUGCCUAGUUUAUGUUGUUCUAAAAAAAUAAAUGGAAAGGGGAUGGGAGUGGGCUAAAAGGGAUGAUUCAAAAAAAGCUAGAUACGUCGGUUGUCAUUUCAAUAAAUCAUGAUACCCCCUAAUUUUCUUCGCAGCCGACUUCUUCACUACACACCCAAUGUCGUGAUUCGCCUAUCUCGUAAUUAUACAAGAAUCCAGUAGAGUAUGUGAACACGCGCCUAGAACUCAUAUUCGGCGUA